AGGAGGUGGAGGAGGAGGAGGAGGGGUAGUGGUGGAGGACGCUACCAGGAGCGCCGCGGGGCGAGGAAGGGCCCCAGCCGAACUCAGCACCGCCGACGAUCGAGCAGCACCGAUAAAUAUGUCGUCCCCCAGCGCCGGCAAGCGACGCAUGGACACGGACGUUAUCAAACUAAUAGAAAGCAAACACGAGGUGACGAUUCUAGGAGGACUAAAUGAAUUCUCCGUCAAGUUCUACGGUCCACGAGGGACGCCCUACGAGGGUGGAAUAUGGAAGGUGAGGGUUCAUCUGCCGGAGCACUACCCUUUCAAAUCACCUUCGAUCGGUUUCAUGAACAAGGUCUACCAUCCCAACAUUGACGAAGUCUCGGGCACGGUGUGUCUAGACGUUAUAAACCAGGCUUGGACUGCCCUUUACGACUUGUCAAAUAUUUUCGAGUCUUUCCUGCCUCAGUUGUUAACAUAUCCCAACCCAAUCGAUCCUCUGAACGGCGACGCUGCCGCGAUGUAUCUUCACAAACCCGAAGAGUACAAGAAGAAGGUGGCGGAUUACGUGAGGAAGUACGCGACGGAGGAGGCGCUGAGGGACCAGGAGAACGGCGGCACCGGCAACGGGAUGUCCUCCGACAGCGAGUCAUCGAUGAGCGACUUCAGCGAGGACGAGGCGCAGGACAUGGAGUUGUAACCAAAUAUAUUACCAUCCGCGCGUACCCAUAUCCUUAAUCAUCUCGAUUCCCUGUAAGAUCCCCGAUCGCUCGUCCUACUACCAAAUAGAUGCUUACACCCGAGACUCCGAGCCUCACUUCUGGUGACGGCGACGAGAUCCCCUUUACCCACUCGUCGCUGCUCUCGUCCCCCGUCGCUCGUACAUAUACCGAGGGGUUGGCGAUCGACCAUCCCCGGCACGACGAGAGUGAAAGUGACGCAGACGAACGAGGUAAAAAACGGAGAAUCGCGCUCUUCUCAUGGAGCGCAUCUCGAGGGGCGUUUUCUAUCACGACGGCGAUGUCUCUCACGGUCGUCCAAGCUCUUGCUUGAUUUAAUUCGUUAAUUAGUCGAUGCGUUUAAUUGCCACAAUCACGACGAUGACGACGACGACGACGACGAUGAUAAUGAUGAUUAUGAUGUGCUCAUCGACGAACGACACGUUGGCACGGACGCAAUUCGCGAUCUCUGUAAAAACGUCUCGAGAAUCGAUGCUCUCAUUUUUCAAUGCAAAGGAGAGAGGAAAAAAAAAGAGUGUAAGGCCGAGGGACAAAGAGAGAGAGAGAGGACCAUCGUUGGUAUUUACGGGUUAUCCGUCGAUCGACGUAACGUCGAUUUUCUAAAUUAUAUUCUCCGGCAACUCUGGCAUCGAUCGGGCCGGUGCCUUUGUUUCGUCUAUCUACAAUUGAAUAGUGAAACACAGUAACGUAUCAUGCAACGGAUAGAGAGAGCUACCAUCUGAUAUAUUCGCCCGGUUUACGUUUUCCUCGGUUUUUGAAAUUCUCUCGCCCUUGUUCGUUCUUUCUUCCGUGCGCCCGCGGGCGCGUUCGUCGUUGUGAUAUUCGAAAAACACGUGAUCGAGAGAUCGAAGCAGCAGCGGAGAGAUGCGCCUCGGAAAAAAAAACGGACAAAUGUGGCGAUCGCAUCGUCUCCGCAACUAACGACUCCUUUGCUGCUACCUUAGACUGUGUUAGCAUCUAUUUAGAAAAUUAUUUUUUUACGUUCAAAAUCGCUAACUGUAAUCGUUAUUCAUUCUCCUCAUACUUUAAAUUUGCAAAAAGUACGCUGAAUAUUGCCUAGUUAGAAGGGAAAAGCAAACGAGCUUGUCUUCAGUAAUGUACAUGGGUUUUUUUUUCCUUUUUCUCGCAGUCGAUUGAUGAUCAUAAAACCGGUGCGCAUGUCACGCGUCAGUUUCAGGUUUCUUUUAUUUUAAACAACAGUGAGACACGCAAAAAUGUGAUGGAGUAUGGGUACUAGCACCGUCUUCCUUUUUCCUGCCAUCACCAUUCCCAAACGUUUCCCCCCCUCCCCCGUAGGGCUGCGCAUCAGCGACCGAUCGCCACGUCGUCGUCGGCGGCGGAGAAAAGAUCGAAUCUGCCACGCAAACGGCUGCACGCGAACGACGCCGGGACGACGCAGCCGCUGUCCAAGACUGCUCGAUUGCGGAACCAUCCCGGGGAAUUGAGUGCAAACGAGACUCUGAAUAUGUUUCAAGCGACUACGGCGUCCUGUCUCGAACGAUGCGCACCGGAUGGGCAAAACGCGGAAGAGACACGAGCGAGCGAAGCUACAGGACUAGCAUCACCGUGUGUCCAUCCUUUCGAAGUGAAUGUAGAUUUAGUUGAUCCCGGUGGGUACGGAUCGGACGCGAUUUAAUAUUCGCUCGCGGAAAAUUUUAAGUCAAUUUGUACUAUUUUAAUCUCAUUGUUAUUCGACUCAUUAUAGAUUUCAUUAUAUAGAUUAUUGUUAUUAAGAGGAGGACGCUUAUUAAAUUGAAUUGGUUUGUUACAAUGUUUGAGAGAUGCUUUGCUUUUCUAUAAGUAAAAAAAACUGGAAAUAUCCUUGCGUUACAGAAAGAAUAGCUAUCCCUCAUUUAAUUCAUUGUUACUUUCAUCCGCUAAUGCAGUUUUUAAGUUUAUUUCGAAUAUUAGAAACUAAAGAAAAUGAAAUCAAAGGACUCAGGGAAUUUCCGUUUUUGAGAAACAAAAAAAAAGUUGUGGUUGUGUCAUCGCUGAAAUGUGCAAGACAAUGAAUUCUAAUACGCACGACAGAUAAAAAAAAAACGCGAGAAAAAGGGAUUAAGUUUAUUUUUAUGAUUGACGAUAUAUAUCAGCAAAUUUAAAUUUUUCAAGAAAGAACCAAGUAGGGUAAAUAAUUGUUUUGCAAAGUGUAGGAAAACUGUAAAUUUAUAAAAUAUAAAAUUGUACAAAUAUUUGGUGCACAAUAAUCUUCGAUCAAUAGUAUCUCGUUUCAAAUUGAUCUCCCUCCUUUGCAUGGUUUACAUGUAUGCAAUGCGAUUUAUAGCUGUACGUAAGUAUAAACGUUAUAUUUCAGUGCCUUUGCGGGCAGAAAAGUGUGCCUUAUUAUAUGGGUCUCCUGUAAAGUUUCAUUGGAAUAUAUGAGUAAAUACGACGAGCAUUUAGCGUUAACGGAACAAAAUUAAUUAUGCUUACAUCAUUGCAAAUUAAAUAUUUUUAGAAACUAGAAAUUAAUUUCGAAUGCUAUUGUUAGCUUCAAUAAUUCCUUGGUAAUUGAAAAAUGUGUAAGGACCAUCAAUGGAAAAUGAGGAAAUGUAAGGAAGAAUGGGAAACAUAUUUAGUGCACAAUAAUAUAAAUUGAUUGUCCAUUUUCAGAAUUUUGAACAGAUGUAACGCUUUACUGAAUUGAUAUAAUGAAUCAUAAUGUCAUCGUAACUACGUUGCGUGAGCGUAUCGGUCAUAAAUGCAGUAAUCAAAUUCAAAAUGUACACAAUAAAAGUUACAACUUUUUUUAACCAAUAUAUUUACUAUACAUUUAUACAAUUUUAUUGCGCACACGUUUCCCGCAGUUUUGCAACUUUUAUUUACUUCAUCCACCGAUAAAGUUUAUCCAGGUUUUUAAUGUAUUAUGCAACAGUUGCGCUCACUUUUUUUUAAGGGCUAUGUUUUAUGCAAUGAGAAACGAUAUAUAAUUUAUAUUUAGAGAUAUUCACGCUUUACGUUUACGUUAUUACGUUAUUAUUUAAGACGAACUUUCGUGGAUACGGCCUGUUUCCCAGCGAAUCUAUUCCGUUGGCGACGUGUACCGCAAUGUAUUUACCAUUUCGAAAAUCGUUGUUUUAAGAUUAAGUGAAAUCAAUACGGUUUUCAUGUAAUUUAUCACAAGCAAUACUGUUUUUUUUGUUUUUUUUUUGUUUUACUCCGUGCAAUCUUGUAAAGCAGCACGUUUCAAAAUUCAUCACUUGCUCUUCGUCAUAUUUUUUAUAAUAUUCUCGUCUUAUUGGCUUCGCUAUUGUUAUAUCUCUGUGCUUUUCGAGACUCGGUGUGCAAUCAACAAAGUCAUGAUACGUCACUUGGAUGUAUGGCAAGACAAAUGUACAGUCUAUUCAGCAUAAAUACUUAGAAUUAUCUCAACCGUACUUAGAAAAGGAAAAAGAAAAUUCCGCUACUCUUUUAUUCGCAUUGUAUCUCUCACGCAAAAACUUGCAUCUUUUCUACUUUAUUUUUGUAAGUUAGCACAGUACGUAGCUUUAACGCGUCUAAUGUCUCGUCGGCACUGUACUUUUAGACUUCGUUCAUUCAUAAAAAAAAAGAAUCAUCAUAGAAUGUGCGUUUCCCGUAAAAUCGUGUCGAUUGAGUUUGAAGUCGUGCUCUCAGAUCUCACAUCGUUGCUAAUUAUAUAUGUAACAUAUAGAAUUAUUGACUAGUUAUACGCAUAAAUAUAUAUAUAUAUAUAUAUAUAAAUAUAUAAAUAUAUAUUGUCGAUCAUAUUCGCAUAACUUUAUAUUAGCUAUUAUGUAUAUGGUUUUACUAACGAAUUGUUUAAUUGAGCGAAAAAAGAAUAGUUUUAAUAAUCAUUUUUUAUAUUUUUUUUUGCAAGUGUUAUUGUUCCUCCUGUAAACUGAUAGCUUAACGCGUGUCCAUUUCAUUGGAAUUGUUCAGGGGUAUUUACUACUGAAAAAUAUCAGGAAAAUCUAGCAUUCUUAAGGAAUUAAUCUUUUAUCCUUAAAAAUCAUGGAUUUUUAUGGAAUUUUAUAAGUAAAAAAACUUUUAAAAUAUAUAUUUUUAUUUUUAAAUUUAAAUUCUCUUUUUAAGAAUUGUUUCUUUAAUCACUUUUUCUUGACAAUGCAAAACGUCAACAGUUGAUUAGUAAUAAAUUAUGGCAUAUAUAUAUAUAUAUAUAUAUAUAUAUAUAUAUAUAUAUGCAUUCUCGUGUAACUUGCUAGUUUUUAUAAAAAAAUUAAUGACAAUAGAGGACAAUACAUUAUAUAAAUUGUGUGUUUAAUCACCUUUCAAAUUCUGUAUUUCCGAUGAUUUUAGAUCCGUGUACUAUUGACAGAUCGCUAUAUACAUAUAUUCACCAUAUUUUAUAUUAAUUUAUAUUAUUUCUUUUUAGUGCUUUUUCAAAUUUAAUUUUUAAAACUUUAUAUCCUUUCUGGUCUUGUAAUUAAAGAACAUUAAAAAAUAUAAAAUUAUUUUUUUUCAAAACUACAUUAAAAAAUUCUGUAAUUUUAGCUAGAAUUUUGAAUAAAGUUCCUGAAAAAUCCGAGAAUUCUUGAGGCAUUCUGUUACAAAAUUGGAGUAAAUACCCUGUCGUAUUUUCAGUAUUUCCCUAUUUAUGUGCGUAAGCGCGCGCGCAUGCUCAUUAUUACAAGAUGAAAAAUUUUCCGCAGCAUAAGUAAAUUGAUAUUGGAUGAUAUCGGGUUAAUGUCUAGAUUAAUAUUAACUAAUAUUUCGUUUUAUAAUGCGAAGAUCCAUUGCCUCUAUUGUGUUCAGACCUUUUUGUAACAUUGAAUAACGUCUAAAGGCAUAUUUUUAUACAUGUAUUGCAAUGAUAUAAUAUAGCGAUAGUUGCAUGUUCUUUAUCCUAUGUCGGAUUUCAUGUCGCCAUUUAAUUUUUCCCCCUCUGUGAUCAUAAAUAAUCAAUUAUUUUUAUAAUCGCGAGCGAGCUGUCUCACAGAACGAUUAGAGUCUCGCGCAUAAGAUGCGUUGCUUAUGUCGUUCCUUUAAUUCCGUAAGAUACCGUCGAAUGUUUUCCGAGUAAUUGUACAUUUAAAGGAUGCAAAGGAGUCGUUACGUAACACAAGAGAGAAACAUAUAAUUUACAUAAGUGAUAAUAAAUUAUAUAAUUAUAAGCCUCAGAGAAUUGAAACGAGAGAAUUUGAAACUACGAUUAUUGUGAUCGAUUGGUUCUUUGCAUAGUUUGUGUUCUUAGUAUGUUCCACCGUAUAAAUUUUAUUCGCGAGAAUGUAAGUAUUUAUUACGGAUGACAAUUACGAUGUAGAGAGAAGUAGCCGGCGGCGGGCGAUACCACGUGUUUGCCAAAGUUAUGUCAACAAUAUCGAAGGGCGAGGGAUUCGUUUUGCCCGAGUUCAUUUUCAUCAAACGAUAUAUAUUUACACACGUAUCAUCCCCCCUCCCUCCCGCUCCCCCACGCAGACAAACAAUGUAAAAAACUAGUUCUAAACGAAGCUAUUAAUUUCGCGCCGCGAUAUACAGCGUAUAUGAUCUACGAUUUUUUUUGUGAGAAUCAUGUUGCAAUUUCAACGUACAAAAAAAAAAGAAAAGAAAAGAAAGAGAAAAAGCAGAUACUCGGAUGUAGGAGCCAGGAUAGUCAGGUAGCAAUUUCAUUGUACGGAAACUUAAUUCUGUCGCGUUAUUGUGUAGCGUUCUUGGAACGUCGAAAUAGGGAGAUAGAAGUCGGUAGAGCGAUCGUUAUCAAAGAGGUUCUUUAAACGCGCUUAAAUGGCAGGCACUCUCGUUCAAAAUUUCAGCGCGUGACGCGAAUAAAGAAGAUAAUGAACGGCCUGCUAUUCCUGUUCCGCCGGCGGAGCACGUAUCCUGAUUUGACAUCUUGUUUUUCUCGCGCGAGAUAAAAAGCUGAAUUAGAUAAUCGAAAGAGAGAGAGAGAGAGGGAAACGUACUCUCCAUCUUCAGAUAUUUUCAUCGGGACAGGGAGACAGCAAUAUUUUUGCUACUCGUUCGUAAUUAUAUAUCAUCGAUGUUAGCGAGCGUGCCGGACGACGGCACGAGCGUCAGACGCGUUUGCAAUAAUGGUUGAUCACAAAGUUGUAAUAAGGAGGAAUACAAUCGUUAUAUCGAACCCGAUCGUACGAUCGUAACUAGUCGCCCGACAACGACGUUGCGCUCUUGCGGAAUAUAACGCAGAAAAAAAAAUUGGUAGUUCAUAUCAGCAAUCAUUGUUAUAUAUGUAUAAGUAAGAAUUAUUAUAUUUUCUUUAACUCUAGAUUGUGCUCGUCACAUUUUACUGACAUUGUUACUCCGGAAAAUUCAAUUGUGUAAUUAAGAAAUUUUUUAGAUUUUUUCUACUUGAAAGAUUGUAAGAGAGAUAUUAGGAUAAAUGAAUUAAAACUAUUUUAAUGUAAGAUCUUAUUAAAUCUCAUGCAGUACGGAAUAGCAAAAACAUUGCAAGAUAUUGCUAUAAUGUGUCAGCAAUAUUGCAGCAACGAAAAAAAUGUACAACUGUAGAAAUGUUGCAGCAAUGUUAAUACAAUAAUAAAUAGCACUCUCUAUUGAGUUAAAGAGUUCGACAAUCUUAAAAUUAUCUUAAAAAAGUUUCAUCAUAAAUGUUAUAUUUUUAUUUCAAUAUACAAUAGUCAUAAGGAGCAUAAUGUGAUUCUUUCGAUAAAAAUAAUAUAAAAAAAGUUCGAAUUCUUGAUUCGAUGAUAUUGUUGUUCCCGAAAUUUCUUUCCUAUCAACUCAAGAAAAUUAUUAUUGAUCAGAGAUGAAUAUAUUUUUCUUAAUGAAAACUAUACAAAAUUUCUUCAUGUAAAAGCAAGCUAUGUCUGUUUAAAAUUAUGAAAACUUUUAAAGAAGAUUUCAUAUUCCUAUUUAGAUAUGAGACAAUGAUUGUUGAUUUGAUACUAAUUCCUUUUCCGUGUUUCGAUAUAGUUUGGCAAAUUCAUUUCACCAUCACGCGAUCAACGAUCCGUUCCUCGCUACCUUAUCCAGCCGAAAAUCGGACGACAGACCCACUCUAAUCUCCCAACUUAGUCCAGCGAUAAGAAUGAUCUAGCCGUAUGCUAUAUUUGCAAAUUUAGACAGUGAACGCCGACAUUGUCACAGGACGAUAGUAAACGAGCGCAGCAAGCGCGGCGAGCGCGAAUAAAAUGUGCGCUCACAAUUGCUGCUAUUCAUCGAUCUGCCGAUUUAAAUGCCGUUCCAACCGCAUUGUUAUUCCGCGGCGUAUUCCUGGGGUAAUUAACGAAUUAAAAGAAACUGUUAAUUUCUCGCGUGGUAUUUUGUUAACUUUUCCUUUGGACAAUAUCGGCGUCCGCGGCGCAAUUUACAGACUUUCGCGUGUGUUAUUGCUGCUUUAACAUUACCGAUGGAUUAUGCAAGAGAGAACAUACCUAAACCGUUUCCACAUAGAUAAGCGAGGCCAUUUUUUAUCGCGCGCCUGACAAAAAUAUAAAAAGUAAAAUCUCGGUGAAUUUCGCGCGUAUACUCGCGCCUAGCGAGAAUCGCUCGCUCUAUCGCGAAGAAGCGGAAAUUUGUAAACGCGAGGAAGAAAAAAAAACGAAAUACGAAAUGUAAUUAAGUGCAAUUUGUGACGCGAGAGAGGAGAACGUGUUUUCUCCAAUGAAAAAGUUUACGCUCGCUUAUACAUCUGGAAAUGAGAUAAGGAUUUAAUAUUUCAACUAUAUAUGGCGAUAGAGAGGCUGAGAGAGACGAAGGGGAGUGCAUAAUGUUGAAAGGAAGAGACGCUUUCUUGGCGGUCCGCACUGCAAUGUGCACGUUUUUAAUUAGCCAAGUAAAAACUGUAAAGAAUAAAGUUUUUAGUCUCGUAGAAACUAUGUUAUACGCAAGUAUGAGAAAAAUACUGGAAAACGAUCACAUCGACGACUAAUGCCAGAUUUCUUCUUCACACCUUCCGAUAGCUAUCUUCCAGAUAAAGAUAUUCGUCACUUAACUAAAAAUUUGUUUUUUCUCACUCUGGUUACGUAUCUAAUGGAUAGUUAUUCUUCAGACUACUAACUUUCGACGCAAAAUACACUAGAAUUUUAAUGGGAAUCAUCAUAUUUUCUGGAAGGUAUGUUAUGGAAUAAAAUUAUGUAGAGAUGGAAGAAAUGGGGCAUAAAUGAUUAUUUCCAACGACUAAUUCGAAAAUGGAAUUUAUAUCAUCAGAAAGCGAAAUUACCGUAUAAUUUAUUAAGACAUUCUAUUAACGUUUAUCUAGGUCAGAUAUUUUGUCACGAUUAUUGCGAUUAUCGCUUUGGGAAUUCAGAAAUAGUGAAUUGCUUUAGAAAAAACGUCGCGUGGUGCGUGCCGCGAAGAAAUUAGAAUACUGAAGGACCCUGGGAAGGUCCUUCAAUCAACCGCUUUUACGCAGUGAGACGGAUUCUUUCGAUAAUAGAUUUCGAUAUCGCUGAUAGACCCUUUUCAAACGUAAUACAUGUAGCGACAUGUAUAAAAUGCUAAGGAGUUGUACUAACUCUCUCGUGGACGACGAUCGUCAUUAACUCUGCAGUAACGUUACGUUUUCCCCAGUGGUUCCUAGUCACUGCCAUACUUAUUGACGACGAUAUCGUGAAGAGCGUGACCGGAGAGCUGCUAAAGGAAAUUUUUUGCCGAACAAAUAUAUAUAUUGAAAAGAAAAUAAACAGAGCAAAUACACCUCGUGAUGUGUUCGAGUUACAUUAACUGCUAAAAAGCUCUCGAGAAAAAUUGGCACAAAGACUGCUGUACUGCAGGGUUUACGGGGAAUCGACGAGAUAUCCGUUAAUUAACACUGGCAAAGUAAAGCUUUAUAAACUAAUGUAGUGGUGAUGAUAAUGACGACGAUAAAGUUCAGAACACUCGUUCGGAGGAUUUGUUCGGGAACUGUUUCUAUGUUCCAUGUACAAUCGUGAAGAUCGAAUUAUUGGUGUCUGUAGAGGUACAUAUAUUUUCUUACGGUAUAUGGUAAUUAGCUGCGCUGCUUCGGCUCGUGAAGGACCCGUUAUCCUUGAAUUGGUCAAUAAAAUGAAGAAAGGGCGAGCGGGAUUUUUAAAAUGGUUCGUGUUAAUGUUGUCGUGUUAAAAUAAUAUACAAUAAAAAUUGUUUCAUCGCGGCAAAUUUAAUUCCGCAGUACUUAAAUUUGACGUAUCACGCCGUAUUAAUCGUCAAAAGUUUUAUCAAAUAAAACUUGUAUUCGUAACUAGUUGGAAUAAUUCAAGUAGAAAUAAUCUCUAUCAAAAUUCAGAAUAUACAGAUUAAUUGAAAUUAAAAUAUUGAGAUGAAAUUGGAUUCGAAAAUAUGAGAUUAAAAGAGAUAUUUUAAAAAUCAAUUUUAUCUUCAGUAUUCCUGAUAUGAAUAUAUUUUUAAUUAGCGGCAAAUAUUAAGAAAUCAUUAUUUUUUGAAGGAAAGCUUGAUAUAAGUAGUAACAAGUGGAGAAUUUGUGUAAUUUCUAUUGCAUCUCGAUUCAUGUAGCAACUUUCAAGCAGCCUAGGUCCAACUUUACAAAGAAUAAAAAAGUGAUACAUAUGUUUUUGGACUUACGCUAUGCAAAUAUUCAGAAAAAUAAUUCUAAAAUUAAGAGAUGAAUUUAGGGGAACGGGCGCCUCACUACAGCUAGAUGUAAAGUUUCCUUAGGUACCUAUUGUUUCAAUGUAUGAAUCGUCUAUGUAAGAUGCUGGUACUGUUAGCAAAAAGAAGAAAAAAAAAUGCUAUGUCGACGACAAGAGUAUGCCGAAAGAAAAGAAUUAAAUCUCAAAUAAUCCGGCCUUUUCGAAAGAAAUAAAAACAAAUACGAAAACGGAGAUGAGACAGAAAUAAUUCGACGAUCUGGCGUGUCUUUUACUCGACAGAUUUCCCGAAUCUGACCAAUCACACAGAACGUCUGUGUUUCUAAUUAGCACGUGAUGACGAUGAUUACGAACUUGCUGAAUCCACGUUUUCAUGGUUCAUGAACACAAUAAAACAAUGACAAACAAUGAACAUUACGCUAUUACAAAUAUUUAUUAUAAAUAAGAUAUAACAAAUAUAAAUAUAAAUAUAUAAAUAUAUAUAUAUAUAUAUAUUAUAUUGAAUUAACGAUGAUUGAACAAGAUGCAAUUUUUUGGUACAAUAAAAUGAAAAGAA